GGACAGGUGAUUAUACAUGCAAAAUUUGACAAGGAUAUUUACCUCCCAAAGGAUGCUGAGUUUUACUUUGUUUAUGAUGGAUCCCUGAAGAGGCAUGUAAUGUUUGCAGAGCGAGUUAGUGACAAUGCUCUUCGGUCUAUUGUUGCAGAUCUGCAGUCCCUGGAUAAUGAUUUAAUGAUGGCCGUUGCUUAUGAAGAGUUGCCGUCGACUUGGAACAUCCUUGGAAGCUGCUCAGAAGAGCCUAAACAUAAAGAAACUCUUCUCCACCUUGUGAUGAAAUUGGGCUUGAUUAAGCUUUCCCAGUUCUUAGCAGCCCAGCCUGGAGGGUCAUCAGCGCUAGCAUUACCUAAUGAUGAUGGAGCAACACCAUUAGAUUUGGCUUUACAAAAUGGACACUCUGAACUUGUAAAGGUCUUCACAAAGUCCUGUGAACUUGGCAUCUGGUGAAUUGUCCCAGGAAGAU